CUUAGUUGAUCGGAGAAACAGGAAUUUCAGCCAUGGCUAGCACCAAAGUUCAAAGGAUUAUGACCCAGCCCAUUAACCUGAUUUUCAGGUUUCUUCAGAGCAAAGCUCGGAUUCAAAUAUGGCUUUUUGAACAGAAGGAUCUGAGGAUUGAAGGACGUAUCAUUGGUUUUGAUGAGUACAUGAAUUUAGUUCUGGACGAUGCUGAGGAAGUUAAUGUGAAGAAGAAAACCAGCAAGCAGUUGGGGCGGAUUCUUCUGAAAAGCGAUAAUAUUACUCUGAUGAUGAACACGGGAAAAUAAUUUCUUGUCUG